AUGAGUACACAUUCAUCAUCGUCCUCAUCUUCCUCGUCGUCAUCGAGUCAUAGUAGAAAGGAGAGUGGUGGUGGUAGUAGUAGUGGUAGUGGAAUAGGCAGUAGUGGAGUAUCAAGAACUACUACUGGUACAUCAUCAACAUCAACGGGGUCAGGUGUAUUCAAGAGACCGACCAGUACGCUAUCAAAAGGUUCAACACUCAAACCUACAACUAGUAGUAGUAGUGGUAGUUUAACAAAGGAUGCAUCUUCUUCAACUCCAUCCAAGAAUCCAUUGUUGGCAGCUGCCUCUUCAUCAUCGUCACUAUCUAAAACAUUCCCGGGACCUAAAAAGACAUCUACUACCGGUGUGACUGGUACUAGCUCUACAUCAAAGGAUACAUCUGAUGGUACAACAUCAACAACAUCAAUCAAACCAACUGAUUCUUCUUCUUCUACAUCUUCAUCAUCUUUGACAAGACCUACUGCAUCUACAUCUACAUCUAAAACACCAAUUUCAUCAUUGACAAGGAACAAAUCAACCAUUACCAAACCAACAACAUCUACAACAUCAACAUCAUCAAAAUCGACGGAUACGACACCAGUUUCAUCGUUAACCAAAUCAAAGUCUGAUUUAUCAGGUGUAAUGGCAGGAAAGUCUUCAUCGACAUCAUCAACUAUUGGAGGACGUACAUUACCUUCAUCUUCAAUAACUACACCAUCAAAGUUGACAACAUCCAAAUCUUCAUUGUCAUCGACAGCAACCAAACCAUUGUCAUUGUCAUCUGGAUCUAUUCCUCCUCCAAUAUCCAACAAACCACCCAUAACAACAACACAACACAGUGCAAGUGCAUCAAAUACACCUAAAACAGAAUCUCCUGCAUCUGCAUCACCUGUAUUAUCAUCUGUACAAUCCAACUCUACAUCUACAACUUCUACAACAUCAACCUCUUCAUCUAAUCCAUCAACUACUUCAACUAUAUCAUCAUUAUCUAAACCAGCACCAAGUCCAAUAAAGAGACCUGCUGGAUCAUCAUUAUACUCUUCAGGAGGAAGAUCAACAUCUAUUAGUAGUCCACUCAGACCGUCAUUGGGAAGUGGUAGAACACCAACUUCAACAUCGGCAUCGACUAGUUCGUCAUCUAGAGUAACCGACUCUUCUAUUCGUGGAGACCCAGCUCAACUACGAGAGAGUAUUCGUGCACUCCAAAGAGAACGUGAAGAAUUGAUGAACAAGUUGACAGAUCUAACCAACAAGUCCAACGAAAGAGACACCUUUAUCAAAAAUCUCAAUGGUCAAUUGGAAAAACUCAAACUUGAUCUCAAGACUGUCACUCAUGAACGUGAUACUCACAAAUCAAGAGCAACAAAAUUGGAACAAGAAAAGAGAUCAUUGGAAGAGGAAGAGACUGACAAGUUGAAACAACGUGUUGAAGAGAGUGAAGCCAAGGCAGAGUUUAUGAAUGAAAGAUUUGCACACUUGCUCACUCGUUAUCAAGGUACAUUGACAGGUGUCGAACAAAAGAUACAAUCAUACAAAUCAGUUUUGGAACAAUCCAAACAAGAAUAUGAAGAAGCAGAUAAACUAAGAAUCCUAUUUGAAGAUAACCUCAAACUAAAAGAAAAGGAAAAUACAUUAUUAAAAGUUGAAAUGGAAUCUAUAAAAAAUCAUAAUCAACAAUUAUUAAGUGAUAAAUUAAUGAAUGCAUCAAAUAUUAGUAAAACUUCAAAUGGACUAGACCAACAAGCACCUAUUCCAAUCAUUACAACAACAACAUCAAAACCAAUACCUACACCAAAUCAAUCAUCAACAUCACCAAAUUUAUCAACAGCAAGUAAUGCACCUCCAUCACCAAAAAAGAUAUUUGAUAUAGGAAAAAUGUCAAUAUUAGAUAUACAAAGUAUAAUAUUAUAUCAAAUUAUCAAUAAUGUAGAGAAUGAUAUUGAUAUUAUAUGUUUAUCAUUGACUUGUAAAAAGUUAUUCAAUUUUGUGACGAAUAGUGAUCUUGGAUCAAAGAUUAGAUUCACACAAAUUAGAAGAUUCACAAUUGCUGAAAGAUUUGCAAGUGUAAACAUUCUAGUUGAAAGAUUAGAGAGUUAUCGUAACUUUAAAUCAUAUACUAAACUUGUAAAGAAUGGUCUAUCUCAUCAAAAGAUUAUUGAUUUGGGUCAAGGUGACAUGGACAAAGUAGAGGAAGAGCAACUUGACAACAACAACAACAUUACAGAAGUAUUAAUCCUUGAUAAUGUAUUUUCAAAGGUUAUACCAACAACUUCAAGAAUCAUUUAUAAUAGUAGAGGAUGGAUGGGUGAUCAAUACCCUAGACAUUAUGGAUUGGAAGAAUUGACAUUUAGUCAUGCUGGUAAUCUCAAACCCGGACAAUUACCAGAAACUCUAAAGAAGCUGUCAAUUGGAAACGAGACUACAUUGUUACCUGGAUGUUUACCACAAUCAAUUGAAUCAUUUAGAUUUGAUUAUGGUAUAACUUAUUCUUUUAAUUCUGUGGCAUUGGAUAUUACAACCCUUGCAUUUGAUACUUACCAAAGUCUCACUCGAAUUAAUAUAGUCGGUGCAAUUGCAAAUAUUGGUCUUAAUAAUCAACAACCCGUCUUUCCAAACAGUCUCAAAUACCUCAACAUUCAAUUGGAUAGUGGCAAGUUUGACGGCACUGCAUUCCCUUCGAGUCUAGAGUCACUCACACUCUACUACAAUAUUGAUGAGACGUCACCUGCUGUCACGGUCGAUCUCAGACCACUCGUCCAUUUAGAUCGUCUAGAUUUACAAAUAGAGUAUACUCGUGACGAGCGGGAAUUAGAGUGUUUCAAACUACCAGACAAUAUUACCAAACUUGUAUUGUCGGUUGAUUGCGAUCUCCCACUCGGAUUCAUUCCACCAAAAACACAAAAGUUACACGUUGAAUUGGAUUCUUCGGAGCGUCUUUUGACAAAUGGACCACUCCCCCAAUCACUUGUCAAGUGUUAUAUACCAGCUAGUCUAGAUGUCAUUUCAUCAUUACCAUCGACUGUCACCAAAUUAAGAAUUACAGGUUCUGAUAUUCCCGUAUUUGACUUGGGAAUCAUUCCAUCAACUGUCAAAACACUAGAACUCAAUGUAGAGGAUAUUACAGGUACACUGACAGACAGCGUAGAGACACUUUUUAUCGGUCGAUCUGAUGGACGAGUAGAACCCUUUGACUAUGAACUACCUAGACAAUUAAAAUCGCUCACCAUCGAUCCAGUCUCUAGCAAGCAAUAUGGUAUACUACUCAAAAAGUUACCACCCACACUUGAACAACUAAACUACUUUGCCACUCUCCAACCAUCAUCUAUUGAAUUACCAUCAAAUUCAAACUUGACAAAGCUCUCUAUACUAUUGUCAAACAAUCAAUCUCUAUCAUCCAUCUUCCAUGACCAAAUCAUUCCAAAAUCAAUUCAACAAUUAAAAAUUGAAACUGUUAUAAAUACUCUUUCAAUUCAAGUUCCUGAUGAUGAAAAUGAUGAAGAAGAAGAAGAAGAGGAAAUUGAACAAGAAGAAGAAAUUGAAAAGGAAAUUAAAGAAUUGGAAAUUAAAGAAAAAGAAUUAGAAAAAGAAAUUAAAGAAUUGGAAAAAGAAGAAGAAGAAGAAGAAGAUAAAAAAGAAGAAGAAGAAGAUGUUAUAGAAGAAGAAGUAAAUGAAAAUGAAGAAUUUGAAUAUAGUUACAAAAUGCCAACAUUCAAAAUUCCAUUAAAUGAUAUUCUAUUUGAUUCGAAUAUUCAAUUAAUUACGAUUUCUCAUGAUUCAUUCCAAUUUAAUUUUAGUAUUAGAAGAUUGGAUGAUCAUACUGCUCUCGUAACUGAAAUUCACUCAUUGUAUGGUGGUAUUAUUACCAAUGAUAAUGUAACCUCAUUAUCUUUAAUAUUAAAUAAUGAAAAUUUUUGUUAUCCAACUUUAUCAAAACAAUAA